AUGCAUCUUCCUAUGGAGAUAUAUGAUCAUAUCAUCUUUCAUGUUCAGAACAAGGAAAAUGAGAGACACCUGUACCGGCAAGACGAUGCUCGACAUUAUACUCUCCUCGAUAGCGAAACCCGACGAGAUUUGGAGGCACUGCGUCUUGUUAGCAAGGCUUUCUGUCGCAGCGCCUCAUCUUGGCUAUUCCGACGUGUUGUCGCGAGACAUGGCUCCUCCUCAAAUUCUCUAGCUCUGGAACAACUCGUGAAAUUGUCAAACAGCUCAUACGCCGCGUACGUAUGCCAUAUUGAUUUGGAGUUCGAAAAUGCGACACGUUCUGCCGACACUGCCAAUGCGUUGUAUGUCGAGGAUCUUGCAAGAUUACUAUCGUCUUGCCUGGUGAAAUUUACCAACCUGAAGGCGCUCGAGUUUCAUAAACCGCCCCCGCACCUUUGCCAGGAACGGAGGAGAAUUUAUAUUGACACGGUUAUUUCGCCGCUGCGUGAUGUGCGGAUCCCAAAUUUGGCGGAACUUGAAGUGCACUUUUCCAUCGCCCACGAUUUUAGGCAUUUCUUUCCUGCUAAAAUAAGUCCUUCAUGGAUUCCUGUUAGCGAUAUUCUGCAGAAUCUUCGGCAUCUUGGGUUGUAUGUGUGUGCAAAUACAGAUCAGCAUGAUCAAAGGGAUGGGAUGGAGCUGGUUAUGCUAGAAUAUGCUGCCUUCCUAAAUAGCACCCAUGCACACCAUUUGAUCAGAAUGGUUGAACUUGCCCCAAAUCUCAAGUCCCUCGCGAUCAACAUUCCAAACAUUCUGGAUCUUGACAAGCUCGACUUUUCACCCUCUCUUCGUCUCCAGUCUCUCUGUUUGGGAGGUGUGUCCAUCUCAUCGCACAAACUUCUUUCGUUGAUCGAACAGUCCAAAGAGACAAUCAGAUACAUUAAUUUUUCGCCGGUCAAGCUGAACUCUGGAACGUGGCAACAGGCACUAAUGCAGCUGUGCACGCUACCGCGCUUGCUCGAUUUCAGGACCAGCAGAAGUGGGUACUCAUGGAGACAUGGUCUGGCUUCCCAGCUACCACCCAAUUCGUACUACUGUCUAAACAUUGAAACCGUUAAUCCGUUGGACCGGUGUGCACUGGGGAAUUUACAACGUCAAGUAAACGCAAACAGGAUUGUUGCGGGGUUUCCGCCCUUCACUGAAUUGGAUUAUCAAUACAUCGAUCAACUACCUCUAGAGACUGCCAUGCAAUAUCUAGAACGUUAUCGGCAAAUUGAUGCUCCUAUGGCAUGACUACCCUGCAGGCCCCAAGCCCCAUCCAGCAGCCGUGAGAAAAUUUUUCAAGACGUGGGCAAUGGAUGAAGCCUACAAAGUCAGUAUCCAGGAAGUUUGCAAGUGACUAUUUGGUGCUCUGUUCUAAAGUUUAAUACCGGAGUUUACCGCUAUUGCGCUCGCGAUAACAAAGACUGUAGCGAGAUGAUGUAGAAAUUGGAACAUGGUUAUAGCAAACAGAACACACGUUUGAAUUUAGAGAAUAAUUGACGCUGAGAUCUAGUGUACUUAGCAUUUCGGAGAGAACCUAAUACUUGUUCGAGCCCGCAGUCAUAGCCCUAACAUCCGCAUCAAAC